UAACUGCAGUAAGGUGGGCAGAUGUCACAGUAAAAACUUCAGUGAGUCUUUCCCCGGCACAGAAGGGGUAGAGGAUAAGGAGGAAGAGGAGGGAGAGACACAGGGAGUUGGCAACUCUUUACACACAAGAGGUUAUUUCAGAAAACAUAUAGCCGCCUGAAGUUUUGCAAAAGUAGCAAAAUAAUUACAGUGCUCUGAAAGGGAGACUACGCUUUGCAACUCUGAGUCAAGUGUAACGAGCCAUCAUGAAACUGAAGAUACCAAACCCUGGACUGGAUGACAGAAUCCUCACUCAUGAAGAACUGGAAAGGAUGGAGACGGAGGAGGCUGGAGACAGACCCAAAUGGGACAACAAAGCCCAGUAUCUGCUCACCUGUGUGGGCUUCUGUGUGGGACUUGGAAACGUCUGGAGGUUCCCAUACUUGUGUCAGAGCCAUGGAGGAGGAGCGUUUAUGAUUCCGUUUCUUAUCCUGCUGGUUCUGGAGGGAAUCCCUCUGCUGCACUUAGAGUUCGCCAUUGGCCAGCGGCUGAGGAAGGGCAGUUCGGGCGUUUGGAGGUCAAUCAACCCAUACCUGACAGGAGUCGGCAUUGCAUCCUUAUUUGUGUCCUUUUUGGUGGGUUUGUACUACAACACCAUUAUGGCCUGGAUCAUGUGGUAUCUAUUCAACUCCUUCCAAGAUCCUCUGCCCUGGAGCCAGUGUCCUCUCAAUGCUAACAAAACUGGAUUGGUGGAGGAAUGUGCACGUAGCUCCACUGUUGAUUACUUCUGGUACAGAGAAACUCUGAACAUUUCAGAGGCCAUCGAUGACUCCGGAGGUCUUCAGUGGUGGAUUGUUCUGUCACUCAUAGCUGCAUGGACUUUGCUUUAUGUCUGCUGCAUCCGGGGCAUUGAGACAAGUGGCAAGGCUGUGUACAUCACCUCCACUCUGCCAUAUGUUGUCCUCACCAUCUUCCUCAUCAGAGGACUAACACUCAAAGGCUCUACAGAAGGAAUCAAGUUCCUCUUCACACCAAAUAUUGAUGAAUUAAUGAAUCCAACAACCUGGUUGGAUGCAGGAGCUCAGGUUUUCUACUCCUUCUCCUUGGCAUUUGGAGGCCUCAUUUCCUUCUCCAGUUACAACUCUGUUCACAACAACUGUGAACAAGACGCUGUCAUCAUCUCCAUCAUCAAUGGCUGCACCUCUGUGUACUCUGCAACAGUUAUCUACUCAAUUAUUGGCUUCAGAGCCACACAAAACUUUGACGACUGCAUGGGAGAAAAUAUCUUGAAGUUGAUGAACGUGUUUAACUAUCCUGAAAACAGCAUCACACAAAGCAACUACGACCAAGUCCUGACCCACCUGAACCAAACAAACACAGAUAUUAUUCAGGGAUUGAAUUUAAGGACUUGUGACAUGCAGUUCUUUUUGAGUCAGGGCGUGGAGGGAACAGGGUUGGCCUUCAUUGUAUUCACAGAGGCCAUCAUCAAGAUGCCAGUGUCUCCUAUCUGGGCUGUCCUCUUCUUUAUCAUGCUCUUCUGUCUCGGCCUCUCAACUAUGUUUGGGAACAUAGAGGGAGUCGUAGUUCCUUUGCAAGAUCUUGGACUGUUGCCCAAAACUUGGCCUAAAGAAGUUUUUACUGGUCUGACGUGCUUUAUUUCUCUUGCUCUUGGGCUCAUAUUUGCUCUACGCUCUGGAAACUACUGGCUAGCUCUUUUUGACAACUUUGCAGGCUCUAUUCCCCUUCUGGUCAUUGGAUUCUGUGAAAUGAUUGCAGUUAUCUACAUCUAUGGUAUUGAUAGGUUUAACAAGGACAUUGAGUUUAUGAUAGGCCACAAACCCAAUAUCUUCUGGCAGGCGACAUGGAGAGUGAUCAGCCCUCUCAUCAUGAUCGUCAUCUUGAUUUUCUACUUUGUUACCCAAGUCACCAGGAAGGUAACCUAUCUAGUCUGGGACCAGGAGUCGGAAAACUUUCCCACCCUGGAUGAGCAGCCCUACCCCUCCUGGAUCUAUGUCAUCAUCUUCAUCCUGGCUGGAGUUCCCAGUUUAACCAUACCCCUAUUCGCCCUCUUCAGAUUCAUAAAGAACUCAUGUUGCAAGAAAAACAAGUACAGCGAUGGUUCAGUGGACACUAUCUCUGCCAAAAUACAAAUGAACGAAAAAAUGAAGUUUUAAAUAGGUUUGACUUAUGAUUAUUUAAUGUGACUGGACUUUUUAUGAUUAAAGCUUAUUCAGCUUUUUCUUUAGCAGUGCAAUGUUAAAAGAAAACUUUAGUAGCCACGGACUUUUACCUUUGAAAGGCAGAAGUCAGUAUUAGGGUGUUUUCAUUGAAAGUUUCUGAAGUACAGGACAAUCAUAAAACACCUUUGUCAAUGUGACAUUAACUCUUACCUGACAUAGAUCGCUCCGUUA